UUAUUUAAUAAGGAAUUGAUGACAACCGCCAUUUUUGUUUAUUUCGGCUUUUUCCUGAUUACGGAGUCGCGACAGAGGAUAUUUUUGAUCCGCAUACUGAUUUUGGCCAUAAUAACCCUAACUGCCCCGCCCCGCUUUUACUCAUAUUUUAACUGUGUAUUAACGAAUUAAUGUUGUAUUUUAAUGUAUCUUUUACUCUGUUUACUUGCUUUCAUUCAACUCCAUUCUUCUGUAAAGUGUCUUUUGAGUAUUUUGAAAAGCGCUAUACAAAUAAAAUGUAUUAUUUAUUAUUACCGCGGUGUUCCGUACUGGCAAAUGACGUAACUUCCGGACUUUGGUACGGUCCUAAAAAGGCUUACGAGAGAAAGAAAGUGCUACCUUCACGAAGGAAUAUCAACUUUUGAACUCGUUGUUAUUCUAACACUGGACCGUAUUUAAUUGCAAUGAGGGUUGUAAUAGGAGGCGGAUCUGGCUUUGUGGGUCGAGAGUUGAUGCGUCUUCUCAGGGAACAAGGUCAUGAGGUCACCGUGAUUUCACGGCAGGCAGGUCCUGGGAGAAUAACAUGGGCUGAGUUGCAGUCAGGCGGCCUUCCACCAUGUGACGGCGCUGUCAACUUGGCAGGAGAGAAUAUCAUGAACCCUCUGCGAUGGUGGAACGAAAGCUACAAGAAGGACUUGUUUUCCAGUCGUAUUGACACGACAAAAGCUCUGGCUCAAGCUAUCGAAGCAUCCCCCAGUCCUCCUCUCUCUUGGGUUCUGGUCUCUGGCGUUGCGUGCUACAAGCCCAGUCUGACAGCUGAGUAUACUGAAGACAGUGAUUGGACACCCUUUGACCUGCUGUCCAAACUCGUGAAAGAGUGGGAAGCUUCUGCGCUUUUGCCGGAAAGUGUGACAAAAACCACAAAGCAAGUGGUAAUCAGACCUGGGGCAGUGUUGGGCCGAGACGGUGGUGCAAUGAAGCAGAUGCUGCUGCCCUUCUGGCUUGGUCUUGGUGGGACUCUAGGCUCCGGGCGGCAGCCAUUUCCUUGGAUCCACGUUUCGGACCUGGCAGGAAUCAUUGCUCAUGCCCUGCAGUCUCCGGCUGACACACCACUUUCCUCACCACUGGUCUUAAAUGGUGUAGCCCCCACCCUCAAUACCAACUACGAAUUCACCAAAGAACUGGGGCGGGUGCUGAGGCGGCCCACCAUAUUUUCUGUGCCGGGAUUUGCCAUGAACGCCCUACUGGGCUCGGAGAGAGCUGUGAUCCUGACUCAAGGCCAGAAAGUGGUUCCAAAGAGGACCCUCGAGACCGGGUUUCAGUACAAGUUCCCAGACUUGACCUCGGCUCUCCAAGAGAUUGCGAGUUAAAAAUAAAGCAUGCUUGUAACAUUUAUACAGGCUGCUUUUUAAAUGACAAUAACAUUGUGAAAAGUGCAGCUUUUAUCAUAAAAUUGACAUUUAUUGACAUUACUGGUUCCUACAUAUCACUUCUGGUGUCCUGCGUCGUCACGAUUCAUCAUUUUGGGUCAUUUCGUUGUCAUCCACCUCCGGAACAAGAGGAAGUUGGUCGCCCCACUCACUGCUGCGGGCGCAGCGGUACACGUCCCUAAACACGAAAACCUCAACCACAUCAGCUUUCACUUUUGUCUUAUUUUGAUUUCUUUUGAAGUCAGAGAUAAAACAUCAACACAUGGCAGCCAGGAGCUCUCACCUGCUGUGUUUUCGUGCGGUCACCACAACGUGUUUCAGCUGUCCGUUGGGGCAGCACAGGCGACAGUGAACGUGCCUCGUCCUGGCCUGUGGGGACGCUAUCAGCCGAGACCACUCCACCUCCUUGACUCCCUCUGCCUCUGGAGGGCGCUCUCGUGUCAGGAUGAGGUAGCUGAACUUCUCAGUGUGACUGUUAUGCUGACAAAAAGAACAUUAAAUACGGGGCUGCUAUUCUGUUCACCGUCAUGGUUAAUAUUUUCAUUAAUAUUAUCGCCACACAAUAAGUAUGAUUGCUGCUGUAUCCUCGUUUGUUUGUUGUUUUGUUAUUGUCGUUACAAUUGUUGUGGCUGUUCUUGUCUCUCUCUGUAGUGCCCCCUACCGUUUUAUUUUUCUCUUCUUUUCUAUCCCCUCCUGCUCUAGUCCAGCAGCUCCACAUUUGCAUAAAAAAAGACAAAGUCAAAACCUAUAUAAGUAGGAUAAAGGUUAGUGGAGAAGAUUUGAGUCCACAGGACAAUUUUUGCAACUCGUCAAUGAAAGUUCACUAGAGUGACGCGAAAGUGGUUCCCAAGAGGACCCUCGAGCCCGGGUUUCAGUACAAGUUCCCAGACUUGACCUCGGCUCCCCAAGAGAUUGCGAGUUAAAAAUAAAGCAUGCUUGUAACAUUUAUACAGGCUGCUUUUUAAACGACAAUAACAUUGUGAAAAGUGCAGCUUGUAUCAUAAAAUUGACAUUUAUUGACAUUACUGGUUCCUACAUAUCACUUCUGGUGUCCUGCGUCGUCAUGAUUCAUCAUUUUGGGUCAUUUCGUUGUCAUCCAUCUCCGGAACAUUGUUGUUUUGUUAUUGUCGUUACAAUUGUUGUGGCUGUUCUGGUCUCUCUCUGUUGUGCCCCCUAUCAUUUUAUUUUUCUCUUCUUUUCUAUCCCCUCCUGCUCUAGUCCAGCAGCUCCACAUUUGCAUAAAAAGACAAAGUCAAAACCUACAUAACGGGAAUAGUAUCUUACACUUUUCCCUGGUAGAGCAAAUCCGUUUCAUAUGUAAGGGCAUUUAGAUCAGCAAUACUAUUUGCCCUAAUGGCUGGACAAUAAAUAAAUAAAUAAAUACAGGGCUGUCUCUCCAUGGGGGGCACAAGGCUGCUUAUCAGGUUAAAGUAAAAUAGUAUAAAAAUAAAUACAAUUAGGCUCCAGACGGCCCUCGUUUAGUGUAAUGGUAUAAGAAUGCAAUGUGUGGCUCAGACUUACCCCGUAGAGAGGCAUAUACAUCUGGUGAAAGUUGCAGGGUACCGCAGGCAUGAGUGCUAGUUUUGGACACGUCUCUUCAUGGGGACACUUGGAUCCAAACAAAGCAACAAAAAUAUUUGAAACAAAUUUUCAAAAAUUGAUAAUGUGACAGCUUAUUCAAAAUAAUUACCGGAGCAAACACCGAUGCUGGUCUAGUAUCGUAGAUGGUCUUUUCUUUCUUCUACAAAUGGAAAAAAUGAAGAUUUAACUCAUCAGACUGCUUUUUAGUUUUAAUAUACAAAAACUGAAGUACCUGUAAUAAAGUAUC